GUGAGGAAAAGCUUGGAUCCGUUGGAGAUAGAAACGUAUUUCAACAUUACGAAUCAAAUGAAACGCGAGUGUUUUAAAAUUAUUUAAUAAUAAUAUUACAAUUUCUCCUAUAAUACAUAUAUAUAUUUAUAUAAACUAUAUUUGUUCUAUAUUUGAAAUGAAAAAAAAACAACAUUGAUUGAUCAUAAGAUAUAUUCAAUAACUAUACCAUUGAAUUAAUAUUAGUAUUAUUUAUUUAAUAUUAAAAAUGUGGCAAGAUUCUUCUAAUAAUUUAAGUGAACAUAGUUCUUUAGUUAUUUCAGACAGCGAUGAUAAUAUUAUUACUAGUACAAGGCAAAAUAUUCUUAUUGAUAGUAGUGACAAUGACGAAUCUAUUUCAAUGGAAAGGAAAUCAGUAGAUUUAAAUUCUUCAUCAAUUAUUGAAGAGAGAAUAAAGCGUAAGUUAAAGAAACAUCGUUUAAUUUAUUCUGAUGAUGAAAGUAUUAGUGAUAUCGAUGAUAAACCUAUAUAUCAAGAAGUAGAAUCCGACAAAACUUCAGAUGAUGAUUCUGAAUUUUCUUCAACAAAUUCUUCAAAUAGAAAAAGAAAAGAUAUUUCACAUGAUUAUACAAAAGAAAAUAUAAAAGAUUUAAAAAUAGACAAUUCUUUUGAUAGUACCAAUAAUAUUAAUGAUGUUAAUGAAAUCAAUGAAUCUAAUCAAUCUGACAGUCUUGAAAUGGAUUCGACUAAUAAAAGUGAAGAUUUUAAUGAAAAAGAAGAUAUUAAUAUCAAUAAAGAAAAUGAACAUUCUAUUGUGAAUAUUAACUCAGAUACAGAUAGUACGCCAGAGAAAAGAAAGAGUGAAGAGAAUGCAUUGGCAAUAUCUUAUGCGAGACAAGAGAUUGGUGUUGGUAAUAUAGAUCCACUGGUAGCACAAGAGAGAGCUCUACUUAGUUGUAAAUUGCAGCAGCUAGAAAUUCAAUUAGAAAAAACAAAGUUAUUAGUUACUAAUGCAAAUAUAGAUGUAUUACCAGAUAAAGGAAAAAAAUUACAAGAAAGUAUUAUCAUUCAAGAAAAAGAAAUAAAAGAGAUAAAAGCAAAAUUAGAAAGAACACCUUUAAUACAACGUGGUGAACAAAUGAAUCCAAAAUCUAUUUUUAAUGAUAAACAAGAAGAAACAUCUUUCUUAUCAUCUAAUCAAAUGAAAUAUCUACAAUCUGAAUCUGAAUAUUUCUUUACGGAUCCUACAUCUUCAGAAUCUAAACCAUUGGGGAAAAAAGCACAAGAAACUAGAGAACGUGAAUUUACUUUAACAGUAGAAAGAUUACAGGAUUUACAUGGAUCACUUGUAGCUCGUCCUUCAGAAGAUGCAAAAGCAGAAGAUCCACCUGGUUUAAAAGUAAAACUAAUGCCUCAUCAACAGCAUGCAUUAGCAUGGCUUAUGUGGAGAGAACAAAAACGACCAGCUGGUGGUGUAUUAGCUGAUGAUAUGGGCUUAGGUAAAACUUUAACGAUGAUCUCUUUAAUCAUGGCCACUCUUCAAGAAAAUUAUGAUGAAAGUGAUGAUGAAUGGCAUAGCACAAAUAAAUCUAUAACCUAUAAAGGUGGAACACUGGUUGUAUGUCCAGCUUCUUUAUUAUCACAAUGGGAAAAUGAAGUAAAAAGUAAAUGUAAAAAAGGUAUAUUGUCAGUAGAAGUUUACCAUGGUAAUAAUAGAGAAAAAUUAUCCAAACGUUUGGCAAAAUAUGAUAUUGUUAUUACAACAUAUAAUAUAUUAUCCCGGGAAUUUAAAAACAUGUCUACAAUAUAUAAGAUCCAUUGGAAAAGGGCAAUACUUGAUGAAGCACACAUAAUAAGAAAUUAUAAAAGUCAAGCAUCUCAAUCAGUAUGUGGUCUUAUAGCAAGUAAAAGAUGGGCACUUACUGGAACACCAAUACAAAAUAAAGAAAUAGAUUUAUAUUCUUUAUUGAGAUUUUUAAAAUGUUCUCCUUUUGAUGAUAUUCGUGUUUGGAAACGUUGGGUUGACAAUAAAAAUGCUGCAGGUCAUCAAAGAUUAGCUACUGUUAUGAAGACUCUUAUGCUUCGAAGAACAAAACAAGAACUCCAAGCGCAAGGUGCUUUAGAAUCUUUACCUACUAAAAAUUUUAAAGAAGUGGAAGUAAAACUUGAUUCUCAAGAACAAUUAGUCUACGAAAAGGUUUUAAUAUAUUCUCGUACGCUUUUUGCACAAUUCUUAUCGCAAAGAGCAGAGAAAGAUCACAUGGCAGAUUUAAGGUCUGGAAUAUACGAUAAGCCAUCCUUUUUGUCAAAUCCAAAUAAAAAUACACAAUUUACAAAGGCACAAAAUAAAUUACUAUCGCUACAUGCUGAUGUUAAAACACACGAAAUUUUGGUACUUCUAUUACGUCUUCGACAAAUAUGUUGUCAUCCGUCGUUAAUUCAUGCUAUGUUGGAUCAAAAUGAUUUGGAACAAAGUGAAGUAAUGGAUGAAGAAAAUGUAGAUUUAGAUAUUAUAUCCCGCAUAAAUAAUAUUUCGUUGUGUGAAAAUGAAGAAAAUGAAGAAAAUGAAGACGUAAAUGAAAAGGAAAUAGGUGUUGACCAUAGAGUAACAAAAAAUGUACUUACAUCUAAAAAUCCAGUUUUUGAGUCACAACGUUUGAGUUCCAAAAUGAAAGCAGUACUCAAUAUGGUCAAACAAAUUUUAGACAAAGGAGAUAAGCUCAUUAUUGUUUCACAAUGGUCAAGUAUGUUUGAAAUUAUUGGAUCUCAUUUAUCCACAAUAAAAGGGGCAACAUAUAGUGAAUUUUCAGGCAGAGUGCCUAUUAAAAAUCGACAAGUUAUAAUAGAUUCUUUCAAUGAUUUAUCUAGAGAUCCAAAAAUUUUGUUACUUUCACUAACUGCUGGUGGAGUUGGACUCAAUCUUAUAGGAGGAAAUCAUCUAUUACUUAUUGAUAUUCAUUGGAAUCCACAAUUAGAAACACAAGCUCAAGAUAGAAUAUAUCGAUUUGGUCAAAAAAAGGAUGUCUUUAUUUAUAAAUUUAUUUGCAAAAAUACUAUAGAAGAGCGUAUCAAACACUUGCAGGAAAAUAAGUUGGCUAUAUCUCGGAAUGUAUUAAGCGGUGAAAAGAACAAUCUUGUUUCAAAACUAUCACUUAAUGAUCUUAAAUCUCUUUUUGCUCUUUAAAAAAAUAAAAUUAUAUCUUUACUUUAAGAAUCUGUAAUAUAAUUUGUAAAGAGUUGUCUUUUAUUCUUGGAUUUAUUUUCAAUAUGUGUUUAUAUAUAAUUUGUAAUAUAUGUCUAAUUGAGUCUUUUAAUAUUUAAAAUAUCUCAUGAUAUUACAUGUAACAUUUCUUAAUUCGUUUUGUUAUUUUGACUUUCUUUAAUAUUUCUAAUUCAUAACAUUAUAUAUACCUGAAAAGAUACAGCUAAUAAAACUUUCCUUUAUGAUAUUGUUUUCAUUGUACUUUAUAUCCAAUAAUGAUAUAACCUCAAAAUAUGUUGUCAAUUCAAUGAACAGUCUACCAAUGAAUGGAUCACUGCGCCACCUAAUCUGGAGAAUUAACAUUAUCAAUAGUUUUCAAUACUGGAACAUUAUUUAUAUAGUAAUUUUAGUUGAUUGUAAAAAACAAUAUAAAAUAUAAUAGAAAUAUAAGGACAAAAAUAUAUACUUAAUAUCUUAGAUUUUUCUUUUAUCAAGAAAUAAAACCAAUAAAAGUUAUUCAGUAUUAUAAGAUGUAUGAUUAGUUUUAAAAUAAUUCUUUAAACUUUGCCAUUAUGUUAUAAGAGAGAAAUAUAUAAAAAAAAA